AAUGUAACGUUGAAACUAAAAUUACUGCCAAACAACAGCAAAGUUGAACAAAGAGGUUAACAGGAUAUUAAAGUUACAAUAAUCAUUUUAUACAAAAAUACUUCUUUAAACUGUUUUCAUUAUGGUGUGAGAAAAAAAUGCUUGAGAAUGAAGCUUUAUGUUGCUGUGAAUAUUAUGAUGUUAACAAUGAACGAAAUCAUAUUCUGACUUGCUGCUGUAACUGUUUAGAGUUUGAUGAGGCUUUUGAUAAUUUAAUAUCUGGUAAAAAAAUACAAGCCAGUCAUAAAACAGCUAUAAUGACCACUUUCCAAGAUAGAAUAAGAAUGCCUUGGCCUGGUGGAGCAAGAAGGCUGUCUAUAGAGACAAUUAUACCAUGCUUUGCAUUACCUUUACUAAUUUUAAUUGCCACAUUAAGCCUGUGGAAUACAGUAUUUAGUUUUUUCUUUAUGUUUUUGCUGUUAAUAAUUAUGAAAAAAAAAUUUAAACAUAUGAAAAUCUUAUUUUUGCGAUGGACUAUUAUAUCAUUCUUAAUCAUUUAUCUAAUAUUUGAACUACUUGUUAUUCCAUAUCUGGAGAUAUUAAUAAGCGAAAACAUUACUGUAAAUGUAUUUGUUAUUAUUGCAGUUGUAGCUGCCUAUUUAAUGAAAGUUAAAACACAUAAUUUAAAAGGCAAAUAUGAAAGAGAAAGUGGUUGUACAAUUCAAGUUGAUGAAUGUUCAUCUUGUCAAACCUAUAUACCAGGAAAGGAUUUUCAUUGUAUUUGUCUUAACUGUUGUGUAGGACAACACAAUCGUAAUUUUUAUUUAUUAUUUCUGGUAAUGACCUUAUCAGCUUUAGUAUACAGUUCUAAUUUAACACUGACAACUAUUUGCCAUCCUUUUAAUUUUUACAAAACAAUCCUACUUCCAGAUGAUUGCUCUGAAGUAUAUGAAGAUUAUGAAUUAGCCCUAAGUUUUGUGAGUGCUGUUUAUAGUCUCUUAAUUACAGUUUAUAUACUGUAUUUACUUAUUUAUCAAGUAGUUCUGGUAAUAUUUGGUUUUACUGGAGAGGAAUGGAAUUCACUGCCAUUUUUGCAAAAGAUUGUAUGUGGUUUAGGGAGGAAAAGGUCUCAUAACAGAAAAGUCAUGUGGAGUUAAGAAUUGUCUUAUAUAGUACAUACAAUAGGAAUGAGUCAAUAUUGUAGCUGUUUAUGUAUCAGUGAAAAUUGUGUACUGCAUGUAAUUGUUAUUUGUGAGAAGCUGUAAAAUAUGCUUAGUUUUGAAUUAGAUACCUAAGAUAAAAUUAUUUCAUACAAAUUAGGUAUUUCAUUAAAAAUAUAUCUGCUAAACUUUUUUU